AUGACCCAAUUAGAACCAUUAGCUAAAAUUGUUGAACCUUCAAUUGAAAAUAUUAUUGAAGCUGGUAAAAAAAUUAAAGAUGGUGGUUUGGUAUCAUUCCCAACAGAAACUGUAUAUGGUUUAGGUGCAAAUGCAUUGGAUGAAAAAGCAGUAUUAUCAAUUUUCCAAUCAAAAGGUAGACCAUUAACAGAUCCAGUUAUUGUUCAUGUUAUAGAUUCAGAAUAUGCAAAAACCUUAUUACAAUUAACAGAUAAACAAAAGAUGAUAUUUAAAGUUUUAACAGAUAAUUUAUGGCCAGGACCAUUAACUAUUGUUGCAAAAUCUAGCGAAUUAAUACCUAUGAUUGUAACAGCACAAACUGGUUAUGUUGGUGUCAGAUAUCCAAAACAUGAUUUAGCACAAUUGUUAAUUAAACACAGCGGUAAACCCAUUGCUGCCCCAAGCGCAAAUAGAUUCGGACAUGUAAGCCCAACAAGAGCAAUGCACGUCUUUGACGAUUUAGGUCACUCAGAUAUCACAAUUUUAGACUGCAACGAAAAAUAUCAAUCCCCAUGCAAAAUUGGUAUCGAAUCAACAGUUUUAAAAAUAGUUUCAGAUGAUCAUUUAGUAAUUUUAAGAAAAGGUGGUCACUCUGAAAAAUCAAUUAGAGAAAUUAUAGAUAAACAUUUUGGUAACGAAAUUAGAAUUGAAGCUAUCAAUAAAACUGUUUCCAAUCAAACCUCAGAAGGCCAAGAGGCUCCAGGUCAACUUUUAACACACUAUGCCCCAGAUAUUCAAACCUUUAUUUUAGAAAAUACCUUAACAAAUAAUAUAGAUAAUAAUAGUAAUAAUAGUAGUAGUAAUAUAGAUUUUUCAGAGUGUGUAUAUAUAGAUUUUGGUAAUCAGUUACCAAUGGAAUUUAAAAACAAGUGUUUAGCAUAUAAAGAUUUAUCAGAAUCAUGUAAUAUCGAAGAAGCAUCAGGCGAAUUAUUCUCAGUCUUAAGAUGGAGCGAAAAUGUUAAAAACGCAAAAAUCAUUUUAUUACCAGAUUUAAGAAAAGAACAAUUUAAACAAUUAGAUAACAGCGAAGCUGUAUUUGAUAGAAUUUUUAGAGCUUCAAGUGGAAAAUAUGCAAGUUUAUCUUUAAUAAAUAAUAAAGUAUUAUUUUAA